AUGCCUACCCUCCCACUCCAACCCCCAGACCACCCCAUCGCCUUGCGACGCUCUCACCUCCUCAGCCCCGCUCCAGACCGUAUGACAAACACUCCAACAACCCUCCGCAUAACUCGCGAAAACACCAUAUCCGGCCGCGACUUCAGCGUCCACCAACUCCGCCACCACGAAGAACCCUCCAGUCCCCGACGCCAUGCACUCCUCUUCACCGUCUCCGGCCGCUUCUGGAGUAACUCGCAACUACGUGAGAUCCGCAAUGCAAACGGGCGCCCCUUACUUGAGCUUCGACGAAUCUGGUGGAAGGGUCAAUGGUCCGUCCGACGACCAGGUGGGGUCGGUGACGAUCUUCUGCAUGCCGAGUUGCGCUGGGGGAUCGGCAUGAAGAUGGCGGUACGAUUCCAGAACGCACUAUUAAGUGGUAUUUGGGAUGAGGAUGAGCUUGAGAAUCUAAAUGAGAAUCUGAAUCGUGGUGGGAGGUCUCGACAUCGUUACGGGAACAGUUACAGUUAUAAUUCUCAUACUCGCGAAUUACAAUUGAGACAACGGAAUCGUCGAGCCCCGGAUCAAGAAUCUAUUCGGACAUUACCGAGGUAUGAACAGCCUCAGAAUCAGAAUUCGACUGAGACCGAGCUAGAACCAGGGCACGGAUCACCACCCCCAUAUAGUGUGGUGAUGGCCGAGGACCAUGCGCAACAGAGUAGUAGUGGUAGUGCAGGAGGGGGAAGCGGAACUGAAAGUGACGGUUCAACAUCUACUUCUGCAUCUGCAUCUGAUGAUGAGAGUGGGGAUGAAAAGGCUUUUGCGUCGGCGCCGCGAGGCCGUGAAGCUCCUCCACUUCCAUCAUAUGACUCGGUGCGAAGAAUGCGACGGGUCUCGAGUCAUUCGCUUCGUGAUCUUCUAGAGGCCAUUGAGCCUCCUGGAGAACCAGCACCAGCAUCACCGUCUUCUUUAUCUUCUUUGUCUUCUUUGUCUUCUUCGCGGCCGCGGUCUGAAGGUGGAUUGGAUCCUAAGGUGGGGUUGAAGCUGGUGCAACAGAGUAGCUCGAUGGCGGUCGUGAUGAUGGGAGAGAAGAGAAUCAUCUACAUUCGUCGGGAGAAGGUGAUGGAUUUCCAUAUGCCGGGUCCUAUACCUAAAUGGGAGGUUGAAGUUGCUGAGGGCGUGGAUCUAUUAUUAGCUACCAGUGUGGUGCUUAUAAUGGCGGAAUUCGUGAAGAAUGAAUAUCGAAUGAGAACCAAUUAG